CAAACGGUGUGUGGGUUCGACCUGCUCAGAGCCAACGGACACUCGUACGUCUGUGACGUUAACGGCUUCAGCUUCGUCAAAAACUCCAUGAAGUAUUACGACGACUGCGCCAAAGUCCUGGGGAACAUGGUGAUGAGGGAGUUAGCGCCUCAGUUCCACAUCCCCUGGUCCAUCCCCAUGGAGGCUGAAGACAUCCCCAUCGUCCCCACAACCUCAGGAACCAUGAUGGAGCUGCGUUGUGUCAUCGCCAUCAUCCGCCAUGGAGAUCGCACGCCAAAACAAAAGAUGAAAAUGGAGGUCAGACAUCCUCUGUAAGUCUCUU